CAUCUGCAAGACGGUCAUCUCUUGCUGAACAAGCAUCAACUUUCCCAUCUGACUCUGAGAUUGUCAAGGUAUAGACAGCAUGCCCAGUCCAGAGGAGGUUUUAGAGGCCUGAUAAGCUUUUCUGUUUCCCUUUACCUAAAAGCUAGCCUCCGUUCGAUUUCUCCUCAAAGGUUUAGUGAACUGUUCCGAAUACAUUAAUCCAACUAUCGGAGGCUCAAUAUUUGCCAAAUCGUACCCACGGUAUGGCAAAAUGAACCCUACUCCUAAUGAUACUGCCCAAACCAAAAAAAUCCUCUUGGAAAUAUGGUAUACAUACUGCCUUUCUGCUCCCACCACGGCUUCAUCCAAUCUUGUGACUCUCGAUCUAUCCUCAGCCGAUCUUAAACUCCGCCUAGGCAAAUUUGUCAUGAUGACUCACCUUCGACUUGCGGUAUACCUCCAAAUCAUUACCUCCAACGACCUGCGUACAACGUCCUUGACAUCCUGUAAUAUCGAACGUACGUUAGAAAAACUCGACCUCGAUGAUCAAAUGGUCGUUCAGAUUAUCCAGCCUGCGCUGUCAGCGAACGCCGCUGUGGAUACUAUAAUUUCUUUUCUUUUGGCAACUGUGCCUCCGAGGGUGUCUAGUGUUGGUUCUGAUGCUAUCUUAUCUUCGUCACUCUCGGACCCGUUCAUUGGGAUGUUAAUCGAGUCGUUCUCUCCCCUAGCUGCCUUGCACCCUUCAUCUAUCGUUCGACACACGUCAUUUCGUAUCCUGUCAUCCUUAAUAUUUCUCUUCAAGGAUGAUAGCAUUCGAUUAGCUACUCUGUUAGAUCUCAUUCGAGAUUCUAGCCCAUAUCCGUUGCAACUGCGGUCGGGUGCGAUUGGAAUACUUAGGGAUGUUAUCAUGGAUGCGCUAAAAUUAGUGAAGAAAAAAGGCUUGUUUACUUCUGAGGCCUUAUUGGAAAGUGUCGGACCAGUGGUUUUAAGAGUACAGCCCAAGGAGUUACUUGGAUUAGUUCAAGGAGAGCGAAAGGCGAGGCGGAAAGACGUAGACGAGUUAAUUCGUCGUUCUUCACCAGGGGUUGUCACCUUUAUGACGGAGUCAUUGAAUCUUUACUAUGCGGUGCUUAUUGGUGAUAAGGGCAAUAGAACUGGUAUUCGAUCGAACGGGAAGCUGAGUGAGGUACGGAAGGUAUUCUUGGAUCCAAUCAAGAGGCUUCUCGAUAUUUACGAGGAUGAGGAAGCACAAGAGGAUGAAAAGACUGAAACGCGGGAUGAUUCUCAUGACGAGCAUCAUGGUAGUUUUCACGCGCUAAUCCAUGAGAAUGCUUUCUUUGGUGUCAAGGUUUCGUUGGAGCGAAUUGAGGAUAAAUUAGACUCGCUGAAAUAGCACGUCACAUCCCCCUGGACAACCACACCCCUUUGGUGAGGUUGAAAUGCGGAAUGUUCUUGGCACCAUUAAAUUCCAUUUAGGCUGUACAGUAUAAUACAAUCUAUGACAUGGUGAAAGAUGUGGGCAUCUGAUGCAUUACAGUGACCUAAUAAGAGAGGAUAUCGGGUAGGAUAA